UCCAACACGCACAGCACAGCCUCCCCAUUCUUUCUUACUAAUUCCCGCCGGGCGCGGGCGCGGGCGCGGGCGCGGACGUAGGGCAGCGAGGCUCUCCCGGACCCCCGCCUCCUUCCUCUCUUCCGGCGGAGCGGCGUCGCCUCUCGGAGGCACGAAAGCGGGAGACGGCCGGACAGAUGGAUUUGGGGGCAGAGCAGCACGGCUGCGAGCAUUACACGAGGAGGUGCAGGAUACGGGCGCCCUGCUGCGGCGAGGUCUUCGGCUGCCGGCAUUGCCACAACCAAGCUAAGAAUUCGCUCGAGGUGGACGUCCUCGACCGGCACGACAUCCCCCGCCACGAAAUCAGCAAGGUCAUCUGCUCUCUCUGCAACAAAGAACAGGAUGUGCAGAAGAACUGCUCCGGUUGUGGGGCAUGCAUGGGGAAAUACUUCUGUGAAAAAUGCAACUUCUUUGACGAUGAUAUCUCAAAGAACCAGUAUCACUGCGAUGGAUGCGGCAUCUGCAGAACUGGUGGCAUGGACAAUUUCUUCCACUGCGAAAAAUGCGGGUGUUGCUACAGCAAUGUUUUGAAGGACUCUCAUCAUUGUGUAGAGAGAGCAAUGCAUCAAAACUGCCCUGUCUGCUACGAGUAUCUAUUUGACUCGACCAUGGACAUCAGCGUACUGCACUGCGGGCACACGAUCCAUUUGGAGUGCCUGAACGAGAUGAGGGUUCAUCACCACUUCUCGUGCCCGGUCUGCUCGCGGUCGGCCUGCGACAUGACCGAUGCGUGGCAGAAGCUCGACCAGGAGGUCGCCGCCACACCCAUGCCAGAGUUCUACCAGAAGAAGAUGGUAUGGAUCCUCUGCAACGACUGCGGGGCGACGUCGAGCGUGCGCUUCCACGUCCUGGCGCAAAAGUGUCCCGGGUGCAGCUCUUACAACACCAGGGAGACGAGGGGCGGCCCGGCUACGGUGGCAUGCUCCAGAGUCUGACGGCGAGGAGGAGACGACAGUACAACAGACACUACUCACUCAGUCACAGCUAUGACACUGUCCAGGAUCUGGUCGGGGCAUGAGAGCUACUAGCUUGUAGGUUGAAGCUGCUAGUGCUUGCUGCAGUAUGAAGCACAGGAGAGUCUCACUCUCUGAAGAGGCCAGGAAUUGCUUGCCGUCGCCGACAGCAAGGCCACCGUGGUUGCUCAUUGCGAUUCGGAGAACAACAAAACUCGCUGCGGUUGAAUAAAUCGGGAGGAUUGAUUUACCGCUCAUCAUGGUGCGCUUGAUCAUCCCCUCUGAUAGGUAUGAGUUGUUGUGUGGUACAUGAGCUUGUCUAGAGAGCUCCUGUAAGGAUAUGAAACAAUUACGCACCAGAAAGAGAACCUGCUCUUCUUUCUAUUAGAAUUCCAUUGCUACUUCAAUGUCUACAAGCACCAGAUUGCACCAUGCACUGAUGCACACCAAAACAUGAUUCUGUGAUCUGUCAGAUAUUCUGAUUUCUUGAGAUCAACAUGAAGCAGAAGUGUUUGUCAUA